AAAAAUAACAUUGGCUCAUAAUCGAUAAAGGAAAGCAGUGUCAUUCGUGAUUCACCGUUUAUUUAGGACAAUUUUACUUCAACAUGUACAAUUAAGAUCUGCACUAUGCUAAGAUUUCGUUCGACUCUACUGGUUUUAGUCGGAGUCUGUGUCAAUUGUCUCGAUGCCUUCGGAGAAUCCCGUUCCUAUGAGGAUCGCUUAACUUUCCGUGUGUAUUCUCCCUCUGUCCAACAACAUGGCAACCACGAGGCCCUCCUGGAGCUAAGGACACAGAUUAACAAGGUUCACGAUGCAGAGUUCCUUAAGGAAUUGGCUCUUUCCAAUAUCAAUUUGGGGGAGCAAGGCUCGGGACUAUUCGCAGACAAUAACAAUGUCUCGUAUACUUGUCGUGAACAUUGGAACCGGACCAUAGCCGGGCUGUUGAGAAGUGAAUUCUGGGCUUUUAAAAUGCUGGACGCCUCAGGAAAAAUCGGCGCGGGGAUACUGGAGGGAAAUACAAAAUGGCUGGGCUCCUACGACGAGUGUUUCCGGAUAGACCGGACUCUUCCAGGAAUGCCCCCCUCCAACAGUGGGUUCAGUACCCAGUUCUGUGGAAUGAAGACCAAUGUUCCACUCGGCGUUAUACCUCUUGAAAUUGAACUUACUGCGUGUGUUCCAAAAGCCUGCUCACCAAAAGAUCUGACAUACCUAUAUAAUGACUUAUUGAAACGUCUACCAACUCAAAGCCCAGUUCGUGUUCAUGAUGUUAAGUGUAAUGUAGAUCCCGAGAUAGACACGAGAGCUGUUGUUGCUAUUGUGAUUCUUGGCAUCUUUGCUGCCCUGAUGUUUGUAAGUACUGUGUAUGACUUACUGGUCAUCCAGCGUCAGCGUCAUGCAGCAGAACACAGCCAAUCAGAGAUCCUAAGCGACCACAUAGAAAACCUUGGAGAAAACUCACCCCUUCUCAAUUCACGUGAAAAGAAAUCGGUUCCAAAACAAGAAAGUGUCGCUGAGAGACUCCUGUUGGCCUUCUCCGUCUACUCCAAUGGGAAGAAGAUCCUGCAAGUAAACCAGUCCUCGGGCACCCUGACCGCCCUGAACGGCAUCCGUUUCCUGAGCAUCUCCUGGGUGGUACUGGACCACACAUUUGGCGUCAUGUACCCCGUUCUGAGCAACGGUUAUGCAAUACUUCCUGACCUUUAUCAACGUUGGUCAUUUCAGGCAGUGGCUAACGCCUUCGUUGCGGUCGAUUCUUUCUUUGCUUUGAGUGGUCUACUGUUGGCAUACCUCACUCUGAAGGAAAUGAAAAAAGGACAAGGAAAAUUCAGAAUCAACUGGUUCAUGUUCUACUUUCACAGAUUUUGGAGGUUGACUCCAGCCUACAUGUUGUUGAUGAUGAUCAGUAUCUGUCUGUCUCGCUACUUUGGAGAGGGACCACUUUGGCCUGACCAAGGCAUUGAAGUAAAUUACUGCAAGAACACUUGGUGGAAAAAUCUGCUGUAUAUCAACAACUUCUAUAGUGAGCAAUCGUGUUUCGGUGUGUCCUGGUAUCUAGCCAAUGAUAUGCAGUUCUUUGUCCUUAGUCCUCUGAUGCUGGCCCCACUAUAUUUCAAAUAUCGAGUUGGAAUGGUCAUCUGUUUUAUCUGGUUGUUGGGGUCCGCCAUCACCCCAGGGGUUAUAUCCAACGUGCUGAAUCUACCGCCAAGUGCCUUUGGUGGAGGCGGAACAAUCCAAGGGCGGACUGAUUACUUAAGCAACUAUUACGCUCGGCCGUACUGUCGGAUUGGGCCUUAUAUAGUUGGAAUCAUCGUUGGAUCACUCAUGUACAAAACAGACUGCAAAGUCAAGAUAAACAAGUACCUGAACCUACUACUGUGGCUGGUUUUCGCUACCCUGGCCAUGGUGGUUCUGUACGGACUCCGAGAUCCGAUCAAUUUCCCGGAGGAUGCGCUUAACCGUGACGUAUCCGCUCUCUACAACGCCACGCACAGAAUUGUCUGGGGAGCGUGCGUUUGUUGGGUCAUCUUUGCAUGCGCAACCGGAAAUGGAGGUUUCAUCAACACUCUUCUCUCCUGGUCGCCAUUUGUACCACUAGCCCGUCUGUCCUAUUGCAUCUUUCUGUCGCAUUUUAUGAUUAUCUCCACGUACUUCGACAGUCAAAAGAGUCUGUUAUAUAUGGAUGACCUAAAUGCUAUUUACGUGUUUCUGGCCACUCUAGUCCUGUCGGUGAUGGUUGCCUUUGUAGCCUCGUUAUCAUUUGAGGCGCCUAUGAUGGGACUGGAGAAAGUGAUCUUUAAACGAGAUCGAAGAAACUAGAUACCAAAUAAUUUUUAAUAUUAAAGUUAAUUCCAUUGUGUUUACUGUUUUGAGAGAUAUUUUUAUUUCCCAUUUAUGGGAAAUAUAUUUUUAAUUAUUUUUUGUAAAUAAACUCUUAAAACAACACCCGA